UCCGGGGAUUGCCGUCGAUGGUUUGUUGUGUGCGUAUGCGGACCGGAAGAUCUACCGUUGGGUUGGCUCAAAGGCACGUUAGAUCGGAUCCCGCAUAAAACUUCUGUGGAGACGUUAGGAGGUAAAAGGAGCCAUUCAAUCGACGGUUGACAUCGGCCAAUUCCGUGCUUCUCAGGCGCGACGGGUGGAUCGCGUCAAUGACUCCUCAGCUACCGCCACCAUUUUUUUUUAAUAAAUCCAGUCCUGGCUUUCAUCCGAGCAAGGAUCGUGCGAAGAGCUUCUCUCAGGGUUGCGGAUUUCGCCGCAAACAGGUGUAACCGACCCCGACGGGUUCGGAAGCCAAACCUAAGAUAUCUGGCGUCUCUAGACCAUGCCCCAUGGACGACAACCACCGCGUCGACUAGCCAUGCACGUGGAGAAGGAGAUGAUCGAGAAGAAGCUGGGAGUGUUAGGAGGAAUGGGUCUACUGAGGAGUCCGUUGCGAAGACGGGGAAAUGGAGAAUGUUGGAGCGAAGGGCGGAAACCAUGCACAACGCGUCGAUGGGUGAAAGUGGGAAGCAUAGAGCCGAAGUGACAACCCCAUCUUUCGGUGGUCAGUUAUCAAUGGGCCACUGUAUGAGAAAUCAAUGAGAGUGGGAGCGAGGGGAGGAGGGUGUGAAUUUAUCUAUGUUUGUUUUGGUUUCAUUGGGUUGCUCUCACCCCAAAGUAGAGCUAGUAGAGGUCUCAUCCGAGCUAUUGAAAAUAAUAUUCUUCUUUCUCUUUCUUCCUUACUUCAACUAUCACUUCUCCUUCCUCGUCUUGGGUUGGGAUGUGGAGUAUAACUGGGAUCUAUCAACUGGUAUCAGAGCCUGGUUAUGUCAAACAAGGAAAGAAUAGAGCGGUUGGAAGCUGAGACGAGUACCAUGCGGGAGGAACUGUGUGGCUUGGAGGCGCGGGUUGAUGGGCGACUCGUUGAGAUCUUGGAGGCUAUUCGACACCAUCAGAUCAUUGCCCAGUCGCCGACGCCGUUCGAGCAACUUAUGUCCCCUCCUCUUUCACCAAGGGGGGUGGUUUCGGACGGACGGAGGAACUCGCGAUGGUCCAACGACAUCCACGAAUGGACUUCCCGCGGUUCACUGGAGAUGAUCUGAUUGUUUGGUUGGAUCGAGCCGAGCAGUAUUUCGACGGCCAAGGAGUCCCUAUCAAUCAACGGGUAGCAACUGCCUCGUUCUACUUAGACGAGGAAGCUAACCACUGGUGGCAGUGGUUACGAGGAGCAUACCAAGAUAAAGGGGCCACCAUUACUUGGAGGGUGUUCGAACGAGAGUUGUUGGCUCGGUUUGGACCCAACGAGUAUAUGAAUUUUAACGAGAAACUCUUCCGAGUUCAGCAACAAGGCUCGGUGAGAGAAUAUCAAUAGGAAUUUGAGAAGCUGGCUAACCGAGUCUGGGGCUGGCCACAAGACACGCUCAUCGGAACCUUCAUUGGAGGGCUAAAGGAAGAGAUCGCGAAGGAGGUACACAUGAGGCAGCCACACUCACUCCGAGAAGCAAUCACGGUUGCUCGCAUGAGGGAGGAGAGAUUGGAGCAAAAAAGGAAGGCCACCCGAAGCGUUCCUCCACGACUUACCGACAUCCCACGGAUGCCCAACCCGAGUUUCCUUGCACCGCGGCUACCGACGCCGAUACCGAUCUGGCGCAUCACAUGGGAGGAGAUGCAGCAACGGCGGGAGCGAGGACUUUGCUUUAAGUGCAAUGACAAAUUCACUUCAGGGCACCGGUGCAAGACUCCUCAAGUGCACUUAAUCGAAGCGGACCGAGAGGAGGACGCAGAAGGAGUUGGUGAUGGUGAACUCGACCUCCAUGGCGAGGGCCAGACCGAGGAAGGAGCGCAACCAGUGAUCUCUCUACACGCUCUCUCUGGAUGGACUGGACCGAAGACGAUGCGGGUGAUGGCGCGAAUACAAGAGCAACCACUGACGGUCCUCAUUGACAGUGGAUCAACUCACAACUUCGUGAGUGACCGCAUUGCCAAGCAACUUCAACUCCCCAUUGACGCCACUGUACAAUUCGGAGUCCGAGUUGCGAACGGAGAAAUUCUUCAGUGUCGGGAGAUGUUCCGGGCAGUGGAGGUUGAGCUGCAAGGGAAAAUAUUUCUGGUGAACUUCUACGCCCUGCCGCUUGUAGGGUUGGACGUUGUCCUCGGCAUCCAAUGGCUAGAAAAGCUGGGACCCGUGCUCUGCAAUUGGAAACAAAUGACUAUGAAGUUUUGGUAGGACGGACAGGAGUGUGGGCUCUCUGGACAACCGGCACGACCCGCUCGAGCCUUGGGUUUUCAGGGGAUACAGCGAGAGAUAAAAGAGGGGACUCAAUUUUUUGCUGUCA